AUGGACAUCUUUGACCAGUACAGAAUCUUUUCAAAUGAGCCGGAGUCAGAGUUCCCGUUAGGGGACACUGAUUAUGGUUUUGACUUUGCCUCGUACUCUGACAAGAACGGAUUUGAGUUGCCAGCGCAGGACGCGGAGCCAACUGAGCAGCACCAGCCUAAUCCGUUUGACUCUCCUGCUCUUACCAUUGAGAGUACAGAAUCUACGCAGAUAUCGUCCUACUCGUAUGACCAACAAUGGGCGUUCAAGCCUCUGGAAGGUUUUGAACAGCUCUGCCAGAACUGGGAAAUCGAUAGGACGGUCUUCUCGUCCUCCGCCGACAUCGAGCAUAAUUAUCUCAACUUUCCGCCUGACCAGGACGUCGAAACCCAAAAGGCCAAUUAUGAACCCGCCUCAAAUCCGACUGCCAUUAAGGAAAAAAUCGUUGAGAAAAGGAAAAGACUUAGCCUUGAUAGCAAAAAAACAGGUAGUAACGGGUCUGAGACUAAGGGCUCUCUGCACACAAGAAGACCGUCACUAUCCCCUGUGAAGAGUUUCAGAUACCGUUCCAAAUCUCUGAUUGGAGCAUCUUCUAAUUCGGGCUCCCCUACCAAUCCCUUCUACAAGCCACCGGACAUUCUGUGGAAAUACUGCGACCCAGGCUCUAGUAUUCGAAGAAAAUAG